UGCGUCUUCACUCACUUCUCCUCUAGACGGAGGAAGGAAAGGAGCUUCACCCGAAACGGAGAAAGUCCGCUUAAUAGACUUCAUUUUAUUUCUUCUCUUCUUUAUUAUACCCGACUUGGAAGUACCUCCGUAGCUCUUCUUCGAUAUACAAGUGUUAACGGUCCUUUUUUUUCUUCUCUUUUUUCUUUUUUUUUUUCUAUUCGAGGUCGAGGGCUCAUUAACGCCCCGGCCACUUUUUUCAGCCGGAGCGGAUUUAUUCCUCUUUGGUGUUCGUCGUCUUCGUUCGGCAUUUGGAUUAUUAUUAUUUUUCCUCCCUUUCCGAAGAUGGGAAGUUGUUCACUGACAGAGGCGAGACUUAAGAGGCAGUUAGGAAUCCGGUGCUGAUCCACACAGGAUGCUGGCGACGUAAAAUCAACCACAGCUAUUUCUCUUACUUUUGAGACAUUUUGUUAUUUUCGCGUUACACCGCCGCUGGAGGGAAACGCGUCUUUAUUUGAUUUUGUUUUUCCCCUCCCCACAAUGUUUAUACUCUACCAUCUAAGGAUGCGUUUUGGAUUGCUAUUGUUCUUUUGCGCUCAAGUCAUCUCCGUUGCCUCGUUGGCUCAUACCGAUAAAUGCGGAGAUAACAUUGAAAUUCACAAUGCUGACUAUUUAACGUCUCCCGGCUAUCCAGGCGCCUAUCUGCCGUCGCAGCAAUGCGUUUGGGUGAUAACCGCCCCCGAACCCGGUCAAAAGAUUCUCAUCAACUUCAAUCCGCAUUUUGAUCUGGAGGAGAGAGAAUGCAAGUACGACUAUGUGGAGGUGUAUAAUGGUGGGGAUGAAAGGUCCCCCAUGGUGGGGAAGUUCUGUGGGAAGAUUGCCCCCUCUCCCAUCAUCUCUAGCGGCAACCAGCUCCUCAUCAAGUUUGUCUCCGACUACGAGACCCAUGGGGCGGGCUUCUCUGUGCGCUAUGAGGUCUUUAAGACAGGUCCAGAAUGUUCCAGAAACUUCACAGCUCCCAGCGGUGUGAUCAAGACGCCAGGCUUCCCAGAGAAGUACCCCAACAACCUUGAGUGCACUUUCAUGAUCUUCGCCCCCAAGAUGUCAGAGAUCAUGGUGGAGUUUGACAGCUUCGACAUGGAGCCCGACACCACUCCGCCUGCGGGGGCGGUCUGCCGAUACGACUGGCUGGAGAUCUGGGACGGCUUCCCUGCAGUGGGCCCUCACAUUGGCAGGUACUGUGGCCUGACCUCCCCAGGCCGUGUGAUCUCCUACACUGGCAUCUUGUCUAUGACCAUCACCACCGACAAUGCUAUAGCUAAAGAGGGUUUCUCUGCUCGGUACACGGUCCGCGAGCGAAGCCUUCCCCUGGAGCACACAGACGAGGAGUUUACAUGCAUGGAGCCCUUAGGGAUGGAGUCAGGGGAGAUCACCUUGAAGCAGAUCACCGCCUCCUCCCAGUACAAUUCCAACUGGUCCCCGGAGCGCUCGCGCCUCAACUACUUGGAGAAUGGCUGGACCCCCUCCGAUGACACCGUCAAGGAAUGGAUCCAGGUGGACCUGGGAUUUCUCCGGUUUGUCUCAGCCAUUGGGACGCAGGGAGCCAUCUCCAAAGAGACCAAGAGGCACUACUUUGUUCGCUCCUACAAAGUGGACGUGAGCUCCAACGGAGAGGACUGGAUCCCAGUGAAGCAGGACUCUAAACAAAAGAUUUUCCAGGGCAAUCACAACCCAACAGAUGAGGUGCAGUCCUUCUUGCCCAAGCAGACCCUGGCCCGCUAUAUCCGCAUCAGACCCAUGAAUUGGGAGCAAGGCAUCUGCAUGCGCUUUGAAAUCUAUGGCUGCAGAACCUCAGACUACCCAUGCUCGACGAUGCUGGGUAUGGUUUCAGGUCAGAUCUCUGACACCCAGAUCAGCGCGUCAUCGUACGCCGAGCGGGGCUGGAUGGCGGAGAACGCCCGCUUGCUGACGGGGAGGUCAGGCUGGACCCAACAGCAAACCAAACAACCCUUCAAAAAUGAGUGGCUACAGGUGGACCUGGGCCAGGACAAGCUUGUGACUGGUGUGAUGAUUCAGGGAGGGAAACAUCGUGAAAGGAAUAUCUUCAUGAAGAGGUUUAAGGUGGGCUACAGCCUGGAUGGAGAAGAAUGGACAAUGGUGAAGGAGGACAACACCACCAGACCCAAGGUUUUCAUUGGAAAUCAGAACCAUGACACUCCGGAGCUGAGGGCCGUGGGUCCCCUGCUGUCUCGGUUUAUCAGGGUUUACCCGGAGAGGGCCACAAACGAGGGCCUGGGGCUCAGGCUGGAGCUCCUGGGCUGUGAACUGGAGGAGCCCACAACUCUUCCGCCACCCACCACACCACACGUCACCACACUCCAGGCAACGACGUUUGGCGCCACCACUACAGCACCUGUGACCAUGCUCAGCAUUAUGUCCAUCAUUUGUAGGGAGGGACAGGAGGGUUGUCCCACUGCGACAGAAACGCCUGAGGGCUAUGACACAGCGAUAGGUGGCACCACAGUGGCAGACCCCAUCGUGGAGUUUAUGCCAGAAUACCUGUGGUUUGCUUGUAACUUUGACUUCUCGUCGUUCUGCGGUUGGACCAAAGAGACGGGCACGGGGGCUGAGUGGCUCAUCCAGGCCAGUGGGGCACCCACAGGCCACAAAGGUCCGACCUUGGAUCACACAGGCGGACCGGGGAACUUCAUGUACAUGCAGCUAAGUCCAGUCAUUGAGGAUGAAGAGGGGGAAGAGGAGGAGGAGGAGGGGGAGAAAGAAGAGACGGUGGCAAGGUUAUCCAGCCUGCCCAUAACGGCGCCGGACGCUGACCUAUGCCUGUCGUUCUGGUACCACAUGUCCAGCGAGCACGCAGGGGCACUCCACAUCAAGCAGAGGAAGGAGGUGGAGGGACGGCAGGUGCUGUGGACAAUCAGCGGACACCAGGGGAGCCAAUGGAGGGAGGGGCGAGUUUUACUACCCCACUCCAGCGCCUCAUAUCAGGUGGUGAUAGAAGGCGUCUGGGACAGCCGUAGCACGGGACACAUAGCAGUGGACAACAUCCGGAUCCUGGAUGAAAUCAACACUGAGGAGUGCAAGGAUCCAGAAAUUCCUACUUCUCCACCGACUGAUAUCUUAAUCCUACCCAUGGACUCCCUCUCCCAGGACACAGAUGAUCUCGGUGGUCCGGGCAACAUGCUGAAGACCCUGGACCCCAUCCUCAUCACCAUAAUCGCCAUGUCCGCCCUGGGCGUCUUCCUGGGCGCUAUUUGCGGCGUGGUGCUCUACUGCGCCUGCUCGCAGGGCAGCAUGACAGACAGGAACUUAUCCGCCCUGGAAAACUAUAACUUUGAGCUGGUGGACGGCGUGAAGCUAAAGAAGGACAAGAUAAACGGACAGAGCAACUACUCCGAGGCGUGAGCGGCGGAGGGGACAGAGGGGAGCCGCUUCGCUCUCGGAGGACACAUAAUUGCAGUCAAUCAGUGAGAGGAACAGGUUGGACUAAAGCCACCGGAUGGACGGCAGGGUGGGCUGAAAAAUGAAUCAGCUGUUGAUUUUCUUUCUUUUUUUUCCCUCAGGAGCUGAAGUGGGAUGAACUGACCAGUAGGGGGCACUGUGUAUAAAGAAUCUGUACAGCAAAAAAAGAAAAAAGAAAACAGAAAGAAAAAAGAACACUAAGGAUUAUAUUUGUUCUUUCGCCGUGAUUUGUUAAUUUCAUGUUAAUCACAUGCUGGUGUUGAGACCAAUUCAGAUGAAAGUAUUUAUCGUUUGUGUACUUUUUUCAGGAAAGAUAAGAUUUGAUUUUUAAUUUUUGGAUUUCUUUUUGUUUUCUUUUCCCGAGGUCAUUUUUUCACAGUAACAGCUAAAAUUGUGAACUUCAGUUUACUUAUUCUGAUGUCUGGCUGUUUGACUGUGUGUGUGUGUGUGUGUGUGUGUGUGUGUGUGUGUGUGUGUGUGUGUGUGUGUGUGUGUGUGUGGUUGCAAAUGCGCAUGUUUGUGUCACGCUUAAAAAAAACCCACCUGUUCACAUGGAGUUUGUGUCAUUGGGUUUGCCGUCUCCCUCUGAGUGUGUUUGCAUAUUGUGGUCAUGUUUGUGUGCAUACAUAAAGUGCAUGUGUCAGUUGCAUUCAUGCGUGUUUGUGUACAGUGAAUUCUGAUGUGGUUCCCCAGCUGAGCUGUGCAUGUGCAUGCACAGUAUGUGUGUGCCUGCACACAUCCAUUCAGUAUGUAUGUGGGUGUGUUUGUGUCCAUCCGGGGGGGGGGUACUAUCCCUAGCCCCUUCGACCCACGUCCGAUCCCAACAGUGCCUUUUUUUUCUCAAACAUUUCAGUUGCCUUUUUUUUUUUUUGCCCACCAGUUCUUUUCUCAUCGACACAUCAUGAAAGAAAGAAAAAGUAGACUUAACAUGACCUCGCUGAGCUGGUGUUCACUUUUGAAAUCUUACGUUUUGAAUUCAGGUGAAAAAGAUCUGCCAGUGGAGUGACGUUUCCCCACUUGUUCGCAAGGGUUUUUUUUUUUUAGGCAAACAGCACACAAUAUCACACAAUGACCUUGUUAAUAUGGCCCCUUUUUUUGCAGUCAAAGCAGCACAUUGAAAUUGGCAAGAAUUGUGUCCAGGGUUCCCACACAGGUCUUCAAGUCGACAAAAACACAGUUACCUGUCAACACACACAUGGUAACACUUGUUAUCAUUGCCCCAUUGAAAAAAAAUUGUAUUUUUAGUGUUAUGAUUGACUAUGAAGUGGCAUAAAUAGUCGACAGUGUUACAGUUGAGAAACUCAUCGAGGUGAAUACUGACCAAAAUGUCAAAAUCCAGUCUUGAAAUGUAACAUUUGGUCUUGCAAUGUUAUUUUUUAGCAAUGUGUGAGGUUCAGAAAAUGUGUAGGAACCCUGUGCACCACCCGUUCAUGGCACAUGACCCAUCCAAUAUGUUGUACAUAGGUUUUAAUAUAUUUGAGCGCCCUUUUCUAUAGAAAAAAAGAAAGAACAUAAGUGCUGCAGUAUCCUUCUCUACAACUGGGUCAGAAUCACUUUAAUCAUCAGAUCCGAUACACGCACAGGAUCUGUCUCCGCGGCACCGGUGAAGAGACCACACGAAAUGCAACACAUAUGUUGACGGGGGGGGGGGGUGCCUUGUGUGUGUCCAUUAAACAAUAUGGUCUGAUUACCACUGUCUCUGAACGGGGGAUGUUGUGUGUUUGAAUCGUGUCAGUGGUUUUUACCUGAUGGUGACUGCUUUGACUUUACAGAGACAAGCCUCCCGUUGGGCUAAAGCGUUUGUUCGGGGGUUAUAAGCAGGACGGUGCCCUGUGCCGGCAAGAGACUGUCGGCAUGCUGGGGGACGUGUGGGCUCUUCCAGAAGUCUGUCACUCCAGCGGCGCAGCAUUUGCAUGCUAAUAUUGUUUUGACCCUGGCUAAAUGGUGCAUCAUAUGCCUGUUAGGCCACCGAGCUCUGGCUCCGGGAGCAGUUUGGGAAGUGAAUUGUAAAACUGCAAGUGGCUCUUACCCAGUAAUGUGACUGUCGGGUCGGAAAAGACUUGUGAAGCCAACUGUGUUGAGCCAAGGCACAGAGAUGUGAAUCAAGGUUGCCACGAUAAUGUGAUUUGUAUGUGUCAUCCUUGUUUUCCAGUGUUGACUAUCAGAGGAGAAAUAUCUGUCAUUGCAAUUGUCUUGGGCUCUCGUAGUCAUUCAUUCUGACGGAGGUCUGAAAUGCGAUCUAUCACUCAUUCAGCAAAUGCUGUUGAUAUUUAGCGAGUUUCAAGCUUUAUAAUGAAGUCAUAUAUCUUGUAUAAUGUAAUGUGAUUGAUCAGACUGGCGGACAAAGUGUCACAUCCCUCAGCUAGCUCCGCAGCAGCAGGACGUGUGUCAACGCUGAAUUGAUGGUGGCAUCACGUGGCCUGUGAGGGACGCAGGCCUCACCGUCGCUUCAGCCGGUUCAGCACGUAAAGUCAGGGUUGUUCAGCGGCUAGCAACAUAACACUCUGUUAUUCCACCCUAGGGUAGGAUGGCUGCAGCACUCUUUCUGGCUUGUAAAGAAACCACUCUAUGAAUUGCUCGAAUCAAACGGGACUUGAGCCCAACCCUCCUGUCAGCACCUAAAGCUGACAGCCAAUCAAAUUAGUGAACAAUGUGGAGACGACCAGUACUACCAAUCAACGUAAGAGGCUCUAACAGAUCAUCUGAAAUGAAUAUUGUCAUGAAACCCGUUGUUAGGUCUCGGUUCCCACACACACACACACACACACACACAAAGAAUGUAAUUUCCAAAACUUUGAUUUAUUCUAACGUCUAAAAUACACAUGUUUGUAACACAACGGCAAACCUAGACAGAAAUAUUCGCCAUCAAACUCUGGAUUCAGUCUAACUCUAAAGGGAUAGUCCACCAUUUAUUAUUGUUGUUAUUUGCAUUAUUUCCUUUUACUUCUCAUCUUAAUAUCAUUAGGGCUCAUGUCACUUUUUAAAAGAGAAGGGAUGCUGCAGCACUAGACCUGAUAAUAUUGCACUGAUAUAUUUAAAAAAAAAUCUAUGUGUUUAUGAUGUUGAUUUAUAAAAAGAGACAAGGAAGGAAGGAGAGGACAGUGUUAUGGUUGGUUCUUUUAAAACAUGGUUUCAGAUGAUGUGAUAUAAUUCUGAAAUGUAAAAUUUACAGAGAUGUUUUUCAUUAUCGAAAAAGCUUAGACGUGUCUCUCUGAAACAUUUAAACGUAACAUUUUUCUUUACUCUGUAUAAUAUCACCUUGUGUUUCUGUACCGUUACAGAUUAUAUGUGCCAUGGUUUUGAUUCUUUUUCUACAAUGAAAUGAUUUUAUUUUCAAUACUGCUUCUGUAAAUUGCCGUCUCAGAUCUAAAAGAAAAAGAAAAAAAACUGCGAAAGGACGAAAGGUUUUAGAAAAAAAUGGAAAAGCAGUGAGGCCUUAAGUGACUAAAAGAAAUGUUUAUACUUUAACUCUCUGGUCCGCACCCAGACUCAUCUGUCUCUGUUGUCACAGACUCUGAUCAUUGACUACUACAUUCCAAAGAAUUGGAUCAAAUAAAUGUUUUAAUUAAGA